CCGAUACAUGUUUAUAUCAGAAAAGCCAGAAGAGAGAGAGAUUGAGAGCAAAGUUUCAUUUGUUGUGUAGCCCUUUGUCUCUCGCAUCCUCAUUUUUCAAAAUCUCACUCUCUCUUUCCUCUCUGCUUUCAUUUGCUUUCUAUAAAUCCAAACUCUUAAACAAAAGAUUUUGUCUUUCCAUCAACAUCAACUCCCUCAUAAACUCCCACAAAGACUCUCACUUUAAAACUCCUUCACUACUUCGUGUUCUUCGUCUCUUUUUCUUUUUUUCUUUCACUUUUCCAUAAGCAAAGAAACAAAAAGGAUGAGUUCAAGAGUGUUCAGAGCAACACCAGAUAACAACUAUUUGGUCCCCAGGAGAUCCAAAGACCAACAAGACACCAGUCCCGACCGUAACCGAAUCUGGUCUGAGCCUCGUCUUAAACCCGUCGUUAACCGGAAAGUCCCAGUCGUCUAUUAUCUCUGCCGGAAUGGUCAGCUUGACCAUCCUCAUUUCAUCGAAGUCACUCUCUCUUCCCACGAUGGUCUUUAUCUCAAAGAUGUGAUAAACCGCUUGAAUGAUCUAAGAGGGAAAGGCAUGGCAAGUCUCUACUCUUGGUCUUCGAAACGGAGCUACAAAAAUGGAUUUGUCUGGCACGAUUUAUCGGAGGACGAUUUCAUCUUCCCUGUUCAAGGUCAAGAAUAUGUUCUCAAAGGCUCUGAGGUUCUUGAUUCUUGUCUUAUCUCAAACCCAAGAAGCCUCCUCGAAACGUCGUCGUUUAGAGACCCAAGAUCUUUAAAUCCAGAUAAAAACUCCGGCGAUGAUAUCCCGGCGGUGAUAAAUCGACGGAGGAACCAGUCUUGGAGCUCUAUCGAUCUCAGCGAGUACAAAGUGUACAAAGCAACCGAGUCAAGCGCCGAGUCAACUCAAAGACUCGCUGCGGACGCUUCUACUCAGACUGACGAUAGACGACGGAGGAGAAGACCGGCGAAAGAGGAAAUAGAAGAGGUGAAAAGUCCGGCGAGUUAUGAGAAUCAGAGUACAGAGCUGAGCAGAGACGAGAUAUCUCCUCCACCGUCGGAUUCAAGUCCCGAGACAUUAGAGAAUCUGAUCAAAGCCGAUGGACGGCUGAUAUUGCGUCCUAGCGAAAGCAGCACCGAUCAUCGGACGGUCGAGAGUUUAUCCAGCGGAAGAAUGAGAGCUUCGGCUGUGUUAAUGCAGCUGAUAUCGUGUGGUACGAUGUCGUUUAAAGAAUGUGGGCCUGUUUUGUUGAAAGAUCAAGGGCUGGCGUUGAACGGGCGUAGCGGGUGUACGAUAACGCGAGGAGCAGAGGAUAAUGGUGAGGAGAGGGUAGAUAAGGAAUUAAAGAGUUUUGGAAGGGUACAAUUGGAAGAUAAGGAGUAUUUUAGCGGCAGUUUGAUUGAGACCAAGAAGGAGCUUGUUCCUGCUUUGAAAAGAUCUUCUUCUUACAAUGCUGACAGGUAAAAAAAUAAAACAUCAAGCAGUUCGAUUUCUCUUUAGAUGAAACGGCACGUAGUUCUAUUUUAACUUUUAUGAAUUUACCCGUACAUUGGCAAUUAUUGGUUAUGGUGUGUUGAACUGUUGAUUGAAAGAGCUGAAAAUGGUGUUCAAGAAUGGGACCAACGACGGAGAAGGAUGAGGAAGAAGCGGUUCGAGCUAAGUGCAUUCCGAGAAAACCAAAGCCGGUGGCUAAAAGGAACAAUGGUGGGCAGCAGUAACAAAAACGGCACGAUGAGUCUAACAAGCUUAUUUUGGGUUUAAGUAGAAGAGAAAAGUAGAAUAGGGAAUGAUGAGUUUGUAAAGCAUUGUGAAUUGUGUAGGUAAACUAUAACAAUUCCUUUGCAUGCUAAAAAAAUUAAGAGUUAACAUGAUGGGUGAAUAUAUAAUAUAUAAUGUUGUAGUCUGAGCCUAGGUGUCUUUUGAGGUUAAUUUCAAUCUGGUUUUCUUUUAUAACCCCAAUAUUACUUUAUCGUAGUGAUUGGGAACCUAAAUUACAAAUUUCAGUUAGUUUUGACCAUUUUUCAUACUUUUGGGGUUUCAUUGAUAGCUCCUUUCAGUUUAGAGUAAAAUAUCAAAUGAUCA